AUGGAAAGCAGAAACACCGUGCUUCCUUCUUUACCGGCCAUUCUUACAAGUAAUUCUAAUUCGCCCUUCCAAAGCCAUGCUCUACCAAACACAAACUUUCCAAGCGACGAACAAGGUGUCAUCAGGCUCCCACCUUUAGUCACGUCUGUGCACCUCCCAGGAUCGGUAGUAAGUGUUUGCAAGAGCUCAUGCAAUGAGGAAAGGCCAAAAAGUGAGGGGCCAGUAAGCUUCCCAAUGCAAAGCGUUGACACAUCUAGGACGCCUUUAUCCAAAUCUAAAAAGCUGGACUCUCAUUCGCCAUUUACACCAACAGUCAAGAACUCUUUCAAACAGUCGGCUCAAAGUACGCAUUCUUAUAAAAAAGUCAAUAUUCUUACACCUUUAUCUGCUGCUAAGGCCAUCUUGACGCCAAUCGCAAAACAUGAAAAGAAGAGAUCAUUUGCAUUCAUCACGCAUUCACAAGAAACGUUUCCCAAGAAGGAACCGAAGAUAGAUAACGCUCGGUUAGCCCGUCGGAAAAGGAGAAGAACGUCGUCGCAUGAGCUAGGAAUAUUGCAGACUGCAUUUGAUGAAUGUCCUACGCCCAAUAAGGCCAAGAGAAUAGAAUUAUCGGAACAGUGUAAUAUGUCCGAAAAAUCGGUUCAAAUAUGGUUUCAGAACAAAAGGCAGGCGGCUAAGAAGCACAAGAAUAACAAUGGCGAUGCCAGCCGUUGCAAGCUUCAUUCUAAUGACUCGAUCCCUAUGAUAUCUUAUUCAGAUGCUACGUUACAAAUCACCUCUACACCAACAAAUUCGAAUAAGACAAUUACUGCGGAGUUAUUAAAGACUUCCCCCCCUAACAGCUCUACAUCAAUUUUUGAAGACCAUCAUAUAACGCCAUGCAAGCCGAGUAGCCAAUUAAAGUUUCAUGGUAAAGUCAAAAGAGCACUAUCAAGCACCGGUCAUAACGAAUUGACAAAAAGUCCUAAGAAAGAAAAUCGUUUAAAAUUCAAUGCCUAUGAAAGGAAACCCCUAGGAGAAAUUCAUUUGAACUCCUUCAAUAACUGA